AUGGCAGCGUUUAUGAAAGUAUUAAUGACGAUGUGUUUCGUAUGUGCUCUUACAUAUGGAGAUGAAGGUGAGUGGACAGAAUUCAUAAAGGACACACAUGACCACCCCGAUCACAGAGACGGCAUCAUCUCAACUCCAACAGAAUUCGCCAGUUUGAGAAAACUCUUUUUAAAUGAGGGCAUACAGAUUGGUGUCAUCAACGCCGCCAUUACAAAUAUGGAUGACAACAGAGAUGGUCAGAUUGAUGGAGAAGAAUAUGCAGAGAUGAGACUGGAAUUGCUCCCUAUCUCUAAAAUUGCAUGA